GCCAACAGAGGGAAUUCAGGGAGGAAGAAACCUGAUGUCUGUUUUUCUUCCAGGGGAGAUGAGACUAAAGAUGAGUGGCUGCUGAGACGACAGAAUGGACAAACAGAAAGUUCUGGCAAAGCUGAUCUGGGAUCUGCAGACGUUCCUCUCGGUUCUUGACUCGGAGAACCUGAGCUACAUCGCUCAGGCGCAGAAGAAGUCGAUCUCAGAGCUGCUGUCCAAACUGCAGACGCCCGAUGCUCCAGUGGAAGAUGCUGAGUACAUGGUGAUGAGCUGUCCAUCAUCGUCGCUAGGCAACGAGAUGGAUGACUCACCUGGGACAGAUGCAGUUUGGUCGUCUCAGCUGAUCUCACAUAAGGACCCGUCGGACUGGAUGAAGAGCGGGGGCCCCACCGUCCCUCCCCAUCCUCCGGGUGGGCUUGGUGGUGAUGAAGAGGACACGUAUGAGGAAGCAGAACCUUACGUAGCGUCUGAAACCACCGCGUUCCACACAGACAGGGCGGAGUCAGAGAGCAGUCACUACGAGUCGUACGGUGAGGAAGAGGAGGAUGAAGAUGAAGGAGGCGGCCUUGUGAAGGACAGAGCUCACUACAUCCAGUGGAGCUCCUCCCAGAUCAGUCUGCGGCCCACGCCGGAGUCCCGGCUCUGUGGGUACCUGUGGAGGAGGAAGUGGCUCGGACAGUGGAGCAAGCAACUCUUCAUCAUCAAGAACGACAACCUGCUGUGCUACAAAUUUGCGCGGGAUCUGCUGCCCCAGCUGGAAUUGAACCUUCACGGCUGUCAGAUUGUCUACAAGUCGAAGAGCAGCGCUAAGAUCCAACACCAGCUCAAACUGGUCCCAGUGGGGUCAGAGUCUCUGGUUCUGGGCUACAGCAGCUUCCAGCAGGCGGACGAGUGGAGGAAGGUGAUAGAGGAGGUGAGCGCUGGAGGUGAAGUGGAGUCUCAGAGCUUCUCCUCUCUGAGUAAAUCUGAUCUGCGACUGUCCUGCAGGUCCAGUACAGUCCUUACCGACUCGGAUGAGGAGAAACCUUCAGCUUACUGCAGCCUCAACAGAGACAAAGGGUUCCUGAACGUCCUGAUGAACUGCCAGUGGCAGAGUUUGCAGUGCCAGGUGGAAGACGGCGUCCUCAACAUGUUCGGAGAGGAGAUGGAGAAAGACGAGGAGGAAGAGGUGAAGCGGUCGCCUCAGUACACUGUCCAGCUCCGAGAAUGUGAGGUCAGAGACGACCCAGACCGCUCCUACAGGAUCACACUGAGCAUGCUCGGUGACCAGGUGGCCGUGCUGGAGGUGAGCUCAUUGGAGGAAAAAGAAAAAUGGCUGAAGUUGCUGCAGGAUGGAGCUGCUCGUCGUGGUUACCGUGACAACAAGACUCAGGAGAACACACGUGGCGCCCUCAGCGGGCUGCAAACGCGCCGGUUCCCAACCUCCAACGCCUACAUGGACGACCCGUUCUGCCUUACCAGAACCACCAGCAGCCAGCCCCUCUACUCCAACUCCGCUCCACAGGAAGUCCUGCGGCUCGGCUCUCAGGAUUCGGUUCACUGUCACUCGGUGUCGUCCAGAGAAUCGGUGACCUACAGCAACACGGUGCUGAGCAGCAGCCGGACGGCGCCGGCGGUGCAGCGCGACGUCCAGAAGCUGAAGCUGGUCGACAUGCCGGCGGUGCAGUUGAGAACCGGGUCCGAAACCAACCUGCCGUCUGCUGUGAAGCGAAACAAGCGCACCUCCUUCAGGCAGUCUCUGGCCAUCUGCACUGAGCGUGCUCAGGCGGGCUUCCUGAACCCUCUGCUGCGGCGGACGGCCUCGGCCAAGAACUCGCUGAGACGAGCUCCUUCUGCGCUCUUCAUCGAACACGGGAAGGUUUUCCAGAGGAAGAAGGAAUGGGAGACCAAAGCUGCUGCCUGACGUUUCCUCCUCAUCAGCAUCCAGCAGGCCUGCAGGCGGCGGAGAAGCUCUGCUCUGAUUGGCUGCUUGGACCCCAAUCAUUCAAACUGGUGAAAGGUGACCAACUGGGCCAACUGGGCCAACUGGGCCAACUGGGCCAACUGGACCAACUGGACCAACUGGGCCGACCGGACCAACUGGGCCGACUGGACCAACUGGGCCAACUGGACCAACUGGCUCACUGUUAAUUAUAAUCAAGAACAAAAUAACUUUCCAUAAUUCAUUUCUCCUGGCUCCAGUUGAGCUUUUAUUUAGAAAGGAGAUAACUAUUUAUUCAGAAGUAAAUAAAAAACAUUGGAACGUGUUAUUAUUAGUGAUUUACCAAAGUUUAUUUUAAAAGCAUUUUCAUUACUGACGAACUGAAGAUCAAAUUUAUCUCCAUAAAUGUUUUAUAUAAAGAUACAAAUAUGCUUUUUAUGGUAAAGUAGGAUAUGAAACUUCAGCCAUGAUCACUUUUAUGUACUGUAAAAAACAAAACACAACCACCUGCAGUCAUUUACUGGAUGAACAAACUCUGUGUGUUUUUGGGGCCUGUUUCGCCCUGGGCCCCAGAAUCACUAGAUCUUCCCCUGGGGACCAAAAUGUGGAACUGCAAUUUUAGAAAUGUCAGAAAAUGGCCAAAAUACAGAACAUAACAACAUAAAAAGAAAAAAUAGUGAAAUGUUGUUGAAGAACUAGAGAGUCUGAGCAACAACAAAACAAAAAGCUUUUGGUUGUUUUUGUUGCUCUGGAACAUUUUCUUAAGUUUUGUUUUUCAGUUAACGAGUUUCCUAACGGAACCAGAUUAUUAAUUUAUGUAGGACUAAUAUGAUGUUUUCAUUAACAGCAAAAUAAACUAAAAAUGCCUUUUAGACUUUGUGUUGUUAGUUUAUAAGAUUCUUGCAGGACCAGAACCGACGACCUGGUUCUGGCUCUUCAUCAACAUUGAUCCGUUUGACUGUGAUGAGUUCAGGUGUUGCAGGAAAUCCAACAGAACAGAAACUCAAACCGUUUAUCGAAUCUUUUCUGAACAUUUUCAAGACACACAGUUUGUAGAAAACUUGAUUUUAUUCAUGUUUAAUAUAAACGAAUAAAAACCAGCUCAGCGUCCAGAGGAACGUCAUCUGGCUGCCAUGGAAACCCGCUUCCGUUUGGGUCACAGCUGCCAUUAAAAUCAGGAAAUCAGGGUUUCUGGUGUAGCUGCAGUGACCUCUGGUGGCCACAGGGGGCGCCAGACUCCAGGCUGUCAUGUCAAAGCAGCUCCUGCUGUUUUAUGUUUUAUUUUUCAUUUCUCAGGCAGAAUCGCUGAUCUGUUAUCACAGCAGGAGCUCAGAGUUUCUCUGUUCUUAUUUUAAUAAAUAUGUUAACUAUUUUCAUCAUGUACUGAUCAGCACAAUGUAAUAACUGACUGAUGAUUCAUAUUUAGCAGGAAGAAAUCGUUUCUGUGGCAUUUUUUAUAUUUACUGUUCUUUAUACUCAGGAGAAAGUUUCUGUUUGAGCAAACACUGAUCUGUAAAGAUUAAAAUCUGAGUGGAUAAUUUU